AAUUUUAUUUAUUUCUUUAAAUUCUUCCGCUUAUCUUCCGGCUUUUUAUUUAUUUAAUCCUUGUACGUUUUUUUAUUUUGAAAUGCAAGAGGUUCAAGUUUCUUGCAAUGGAGUAGAAGGAUUUUUGAAGUGUUUCACUGCAAUGCCGGCUCAUAUUCUGCCCAACACGACCUUGUUCUUCUUGUUUUGAGAUUUUCGGAAAGUAGCUGUGGUCUCUUCUGCAUUUUUGAAUUUGAACUGAAAUUAGGGUUUAUACUGUACAAAAAGCAGCAUUGUAGUGUAAAGGAGACGGAUGAUCUUCUGAGACCGGAGAAACCAGCUCAGUAUUGCAGAAAUUCAAUUUGAUUCGGUGAUUUUUGAAGAAAUCGAUGUUGUUCCAGAAUGCCGAGUAUUAGAGCUCCAGCUUCGAAGAAAGCCACAACACUGACGGUUGCCGUAAAAUGUAGACCGUUGACGGAGAGGGAAUGUGGUCGGAGCAUUGUUAGAGUGAAUGAGGAGAAGGAGGUGAUUGUAUUGGAUCCGGACGUUUCAAAGGACUACCUUGAUCGCAAUCAUAAUCGAACUAAAGAGAGAAAGUGUUGUUUCGAUCAUGCCUUUGGUCCUCAGAGUACAAAUUUGGAUGUCUACCAAAAAUGUAUAUCUACUAUAAUCUCAGGAGUUGUACAAGGUCUAAAUGCAACCGUAUUUGCCUAUGGUUCAACUGGAAGUGGUAAAACAUAUACAAUGGUUGGGACACGAGAUGAUCCAGGAUUGAUGGUUCUCAGUUUGCACACUGUUUUUGAUCUUAUCAAAAGUGACAAGAGCUCCGAUGAAUUUGAAGUUACUUGUUCCUAUCUUGAAGUGUACAAUGAGGUUAUCUAUGAUUUACUCGAAAAAUCAUCUGGUCCUUUGGAACUUAGAGAGGAUCCUGAGCAAGGACUAAUUGUCCAUUCAGCUGACAAGAUUCUUGAACUUCUAAAUUUGGGGAAUAGUCGAAGGAAAACAGAAAGUACAGAGGCUAAUGCAACAUCCUCACGAUCGCAUGCGGUUUUGGAGAUUAAUGUAAGAAGAAAACAGAGAAAUAAGUAUAGAAAUCAAGUCAUGAGAGGAAAACUUGCACUGGUGGAUCUUGCUGGCAGUGAACGAGCUUCUGAAACAAAUAGUGGGGGCCAAAAGCUGAGGGAUGGAGCUAACAUUAAUCGUUCUCUUCUUGCUUUAGCAAACUGUAUAAAUGCUUUGGGGAAACAACAAAAGAAGGGUCUUGCUUAUGUCCCAUACCGCAAUAGUAAACUUACACGGAUACUCAAAGAUAGUCUGAGUGGUAAUUCUCAAACAGUGAUGGUUGCGACGGUAUCACCAGCCAAUAGUCAAUAUCAUCACACUGUGAAUACCUUGAAAUAUGCAGACAGAGCAAAGGAAAUAAAGACACACAUACAGAAAAACAUUGGCACAAUUGAUACACAUGUAUCAGAUUAUCAGCGGAUGAUUGACAGUCUUCAGAUUGAGGUUUGCCGAUUGAAGAAAGAACUUGCUGAAAAAGAAACACAGUUGAGUAUCAAACCAGCUGAAAAGGUGGCUGAUGAUGAGCUGUCUUGGUUGAAUGUUUUGAGCCAUGAAAUAAGUGAAAAUGUUCAGGAACGCAUAAACUUACAGAAGGCAUUAUUUGAACUGGAGGAAACCAACCUUCGCAACCGCACUGAACUUCAGCAUCUCGAUGAUGCUAUUGCAAAGCAACAGGCUAUUGAAAAAGAUGGAGCAGUUGUAGAAGCCUUGAGAGCAAGGAGACAAGAUAUUCUUGACAACAUCCGUGACAAUGAUGAGGCUGGUGUCAAUUACCAAAAGGAAAUUAAAGCGAAUGAGAAGCAGCGAUGCCAACUUCAGGAUAUGAUUGAGGAAGCCAUAACUAACAAUGGGAACAAAACCUACUUGCGCAUACUAAGUCAGUAUAGGCUUCUGGGAAUGGCUAAUACUGAGCUUCAGUUUGAAAUGGCAAUGAGGGAUCAAAUCAUUCACAACCAACGAGAAGCCCAAAGAAACCUUUGGAACUUGCUCAUGGGAUUAGGACUUGAUGAGAAACAGAUAAUGGACCUUGCUGCCAAGCAGGGAAUAACUAUUGAAGACUGGAAGAUGCCGCACUCUGUGGGGCUUUCAGAUACUGAGCUAUCACCUGCUGCUCUCAAGUGUGGUGGUUGUAUCAGUCAGUGGCAUUCAAGAUCGACUCACACCUUCCAAAACUAUCAACAGUUUGGUUUGAGGUCACUUUCCAGUGGGCAUUGGGACAUAUCUCCCACAAUUUGCAGAGAGGAGAGUCAUAGUUCCUACUACUUGCUGGCUCACGAUCACCCUACAUCACCAUAUGUUGGAUUGAGGAAGAGUUCUGAUAAUUGGACUGGAAGCAAGCCAGUCUCCUGGUUUGGCAUAUCUGAUAAACAUUGCAGAGAUGUGCGCAAAUCCUUUCCUGAGACGAAAACUCAGUCUUCUUCACCUGGAGAAAGCUAUUUUUUAGCUUCAUCUCUCAGUUCUGAUUUUCACCAGGGACAAAAGGAUGCAUGGGACAAUGCUUUGAGGCAUUAUAUACAAAAGAACCCUCCAGCUGGAAUGAAUGGCAACCAAGAUGCAUUCAAAGAAACUAUAACAGGUCAUGGUAUAACUGCUGGUUUUUUGGAAUUUAGCCCAUCUGAACAGGGCAUUGCUACAAACUGCUCAAACGAUAUUUUUUAAAACACCAUAGCCUUAAGCUAUCCAAAUUCUUUCAGCAUUCCUCCUUUAACUACCAAACAGGCAAUCUCUUUUGGAUCCCAAGGUCCUGUUAACUGAUGUUCAUCACUCCAAUUUUGUUUAGUGAUGUAUUUUUUUUUACCUUUCAGUGCUCGGUCUAUUUUUUCAUUGGUUUCUCUCAAUGUACAUCGGCUUAGUAUUGGUCUGGAGAAUUUCUGUUUAGGAAGAACUGUCAGAUGAUAUGUUUCCCCACACGCACACAAAAAAAAAAGAAGAAAAAGGGGUGGGGUGUGAGGUAGCAUGUCUACUGAGUUGGAAGUAGCGGAAUGUAGUUUGUCAUGUGGUGUGUCUGUACAUAUCCACCAAAAACAAUUAUCUGAUUGAAUUCAAGUAAAUGUAGUAAUCUAUU